AUGAAGUCCUCCGUGCUGAUCACGGCGCUCUGCGUCGCCGGCUCCCUGGCGGCCGAACAAAUCAGCCCUCCAAAUGAAGUCGUCGUUACCGCAAAGAAGGUUGUAGUUGUUACUACGACGGUGACAACCACCAUCCCUUGCCCGACGGUCAUACCAACCACUUCGUACAAGCCAGAGCCGACUUCCAAGCCCCCCGUUAUCCCUCCUGUGCCGACCUCGUCUGCAGAGCCUCUCCCACCACCUCCUGUUGAGCCUUCUACGAUUCCCUGUCCUGAGCCUGGAACAUCAACCUACGCUCCUCCACCACCACCGCCGCCUACUUCUGCUCCUGCACCACCAGCACCAGCACCACCACCACCUUCCUCUGCUCCUGCACCACCAGCGCCGCCGCCAUCGCAGCCUUCUCAGGGCCCUGCACCUCCACCACCACCGCCAGGGAAGGACUAUAAGGAGCAAACUGACUACCAUCACAACGUUCACCGUUCCAACCACUCUGCUCCUGCUCUCACCUGGUCUACUGCUCUGGAAAACAGCGCCAGAAAGCUCGCCGAGACCUGUAUCUACGGCCAUGACACGAGCAUUGAUGGCGGUGGAUACGGCCAAAACAUCGGAUACCAGUCCGGAUACAACAGCGUUGCUUCUCUCCUUACCCAACAAAUGUACAACGAGGAGGUCGUCCUCUUUGAGGGCAACUAUGGCAAUAACAACCCAUCCAACUUCCAUGCAUGGGGCCAUUUCACCCAGAUGGUCUGGAUUAGUACCACCCACUACGCCUGUUACACUGCCCAUUGUUCCAACCUCGGGGGCCAGGGUUCUGGCGGAGACGCCUAUUACACUGUUUGCAACUACAGCCCUCCUGGUAUGUAUACCUUCAAUUCAAUUCCACCUCAUGUACGGAGUACAAUGCUAACGAUAUAUCGAAUAGGAAACGUCCUUGGCCAAUAUGCUGCAAACGUCAAACCUCCAAAGGGGCAGCCUAUAGUUACUGUGUAA